CAAAUACCCCAACAUGCCCGCCCGCUGCCUCGACGACUUAUAGAGCACUCUUGCAUUUUCACUACUAGGCAUAUAAGCAGUCUUGAUCAUGGACGACUUCAACAGCGAGACCGAUAGCGACUACACGAGUUACUGGCGCGACUGGUUCAUUUCAUCCCGAGGCAACGAGUACUUCUGCGAAAUUGACGAGGAAUACCUCACCGACCGCUUCAACCUCACGGGCCUAAACACCGAAGUCCAAUACUACCAAUAUGCGCUCGACCUCGUCACUGACGUUUUCGACCUCGACUGCGACGACGACAUGCGGGAGUCGAUCGAGAAGUCGGCGAGGCAUCUAUACGGCCUAGUACACGCGCGGUAUAUAGUGACAACACGAGGGCUGGCCAAGAUGCUCGAGAAGUACAAAAAAGGCGAUUUCGGCAAAUGCCCGCGCGUCAUGUGCGACCAACAGCCCCUCCUCCCCAUGGGGCAGUCCGACGUCUCCAACACCUCCCCCGUAAAGCUCUUCUGCGCCAAGUGCGAAGACCUCUACAACCCCAAGUCGUCGCGCCACGCCUCCAUCGACGGCGCGUAUUUUGGCACCUCUUUUCACAACAUCCUCUUCCAGGUCUAUCCGGCCUUCAUCCCGCCGAAGACGCAGCGGCGGUACGAGCCACGCGUGUUCGGGUUUCGGGUGCAUGCGGCGGCGGCGUUGGGGAGAUGGCAGGCGGAGCAGCGCGAGUCGAUGAAGGAUCGGCUAAAACAGGCGAGAGUUGAGACGGGGUUUGAGGAGGAAGAUGAGGAGUUGGAAAGUGAGGAGGACGUGGACGAUGAGAUGGAUGCGGGUCCGGAGGCGUUUGAGCACGGAGCCGUGCCGCAGCAGCAGUGAGUGGCAGAGGUGUUUGGGCUAUGGACAAGUCUUUGGUGGUCAGGCUGGGGUUUCCUGUACUCACUAAAGGACGGUGGUACUUUUGCAUGAUUCGGGUGGGAGGCGUUAGGAUGGAGGCUGUGGGUUUGCAUAGUAAUCGCUUGAAAUGAUAGCACUGUUUGGACUCUUGUCUGACACUUUCUAGCUGAAUAAGGCUUACAUGUUGCAGGCGGCUUUGCCUAUUCGAAGUACUCCCGGUGUCCUU